AUAAAUGUAUUAUAUCCAUGGAAUAAUGUGAUGAAUUAUAUUCAUAAGAAAUGUGCGUAACAAAUUAUUUUCGAUUAUAAAUAUUUUAAAAAUUUAUUAUUUCUAAAACAAGUGUUUUAAAGUUUUGAUAUUCUAAAUUUGAUAAAUAUUCAAGAUGUGCUAAUUAAAAAAUAUGUUAUAAUUUCAUACAAAAAUAAGGAAAUUAAUUGAGAGGUUAAGAUCGUUAAAAAAUGCCGCAAGGAACGAGAAAAAAACCAUUUAGCGGUAAAGCUAAAAAACAGCAACUACAAGCUAAAAAACAACGACAAUCUUCGGCUUUAUUUGCAACAGAAAAUUACAAUACAUCCAAUGAAGACAAAAUAAAUCAUUAUAGUGGUUUUGAAAAUAAUGCUAUACAAAAAAUUAAUAAGCAGCCAAAAGAUAAUAAUUCUUCUAAAAAUAGAUAUACUUUACAAUUCUUCCAUGAAACUAAAGAAGAACUGUUAAAACGAAAAGAACAAGCUAGAAAUGCUAUUGAAACUUUAUCUCUUAAAGAUCAAGAAAUUUCUAAUAAUUAUUUUCCACCUGAAAUUAAUAUGCCAAAACGACCACCUUGGAAUUUCAAUAUGUCAAAAGAACAGUUAGAAUUAAGAGAACAAAAAUAUUUUACUGAAUAUUUAAAAAAUAUUGAAAAGUUAAGUUCUGUAAGUUAUUUUGAAUUAAAUUUAGAAACUUGGAGACAAUUAUGGAGAGUUUUAGAAAUGUCUGAUAUUUUAUUAAGUAUUGUUGAUAUUAGGUAUUGUGUUUUAAUGUUUCCGCCAUAUUUAUAUGAGUAUAUAACAAAUGAACAAAAAAAAGAUAUGAUUUUAGUAUUAAAUAAAGUUGAUUUAGCACCUCCAGCUUUAGUAAUAGCAUGGAAAGAAUAUUUUCGUACUACAUAUCCAAAGUUACAUAUUUUAAUGUUCACAUCAUAUCCUACUUAUAAUUUGCGUGGAAAUACAAAUGAAACAGAAGGAAUAAAACAAAGACGUAGAAAAGGAAAACUUAAAAUGGCUGCAGAAGGAGCUCAAAAAUUGUUAGAUAUUUGCAAGGAAAUUGUUGGAGAUAAUGUAGAUUUAACUUCUUGGCAAAAUAAAAUUAAAGAAGAAAUGGAAAUGGAAUUUGAUUUAGAUGAUGUUGAACACAAAGACAAUGUUAUUAUUGAAAAAAAAGAUACAAGUUAUUAUAAACAUGAGCGCUAUAAAAAUGGAGUUUUAAGUAUUGGAUGUAUUGGAACUCCAAAUGUUGGAAAGUCAUCUUUAAUGAAUGCAUUAAUGGGAAAAAAAGUUGUUAGUGUAUCACGUACACCGGGACAUACAAAACAUUUUCAAACUAUAUUUCUUACAAAAACUGUUUGUCUCUGUGAUUGUCCAGGAUUAGUAUUUCCAUCUACAGUACCUAAACAAUUGCAAAUAUUAAUGGGAUCUUUUCCAAUAGCUCAAGUCAGAGAACCAUACACAACAAUUAAAUUUCUAGCUGAAAGAAUAGACUUACCUAAAAUACUUAAACUACAACAUUUAGAUAAUGAUGAUACAUGGUCUGCUAUAGAUAUUUGCGAUAGUUGGGCUUCUAAACGAAAUUUCAUUACUGCACGAACCGCUAGACUUGAUACUUAUAGAGCAGCUAAUUCAUUAUUAAGAAUGGCACUUGAAGGAAAAAUUUGUAUAUACGUAUAUCCUCCGGAUUGGGUUCUUAAUAAAGAAAAAUGGGAGAAUCAUUCGGAAGUUGAAUUAGUUAGAUGGAUUCAAGCUAGGAAUAAAGGAGAAGAUAUUAACGAUGUAAAAAAAGUAUAUAUUUCAUCUGAAGAUGAAGAUGAAGAAGAACAUUUAGAAGAUCAAAAACAUCAAAAGAAAAUAUCAAAAGAUAUAAGUGAUAAUUCUGAAGAUUCUGACGAAACUACAAGUGAGGAAUUGGAAUUACCAAAUGUAGUUAAUAAAUUUGAAGCAUUAUCAACAGAUAUAUAAAAAUAUUAAUUGUUCAUUGAAUAAUUUUUAUUUGUCAAUGAAUAAUUUUUAUUUAUUUCUCAAUACACAUUAUAUAUACGUUAUCUAUUUACAACGAAAUAGGCUAUAAUGUUUGUAACGAAAUAUUUGAUAAGUAAAAAUAUUAUGUAUAUUACACGCAUUAUUGUACUGCAUCUAAUGAUUUUUAAUCAAUUAUUGUACUGCUCUUUUAUGUACAUAUUAAUUUUUAUUAGUGUUUCGUUGGUCCAUUAUACAGCAAUUAUUUAUUUAAAAAAGCUCUUUUAUGUAAAAGCAUAAUCUAUUUUAAAUUGUUUUAAAAUUGUUUGCAAAAGAAAGAAAAAUAUUUGGAUUAUUAAAUAAAAAAAUAGAUGUUAAUUGUUUUAAAUUUCGAGGCCUAUGAUAUUUAUAUGAUAGAAUAUAGUUCAAUAUGUAUAAACGUUAUAUGUU